ACUGGGAGGUGUGGGACAGAGUCCCGGUCUUAACCGAGAGUAAUCUUUUGGGAAGAUGGAAUGAGAAAGAGGAGUGGCUAGAGAGGGCAGUAGCUGUGACUACAGAUCCAGAUGCACACAGCAGAUGUGAAAGCCAGGCUGCUGUCCUUGGAGAUGAAGGUCUGGAGUUGGGACGACCGGUUACCGGCGUGAAUGGGGUUUUGAACCAGGCUGCCCUCCCUAAGAACAUGACAACAGCCCAGGAUGGCCAUGGGCAAGGUGUCACAGCCACUUGUUCAGCCUCCAACCCGAAGGCCCCCAAAAUGGUGACAUCCUCAGCAUGUCAGAAUGGAGGCUGCAAAAGCAGCCCCAGCAGUGAUCCCGAAGCCGGGGAAGCCAGGCUCAGCCCUUCCAAGCUGGUACGUCUCUUCUCUGGUAGCCGGAAGAGGAUGAAUUCGAACUCUGAAAGGCCUCGCUCGGUGGUCCUUGUGGGGAAUUCCUCCACAUGGAAUGCCCUGGCCUCCUUCCGUAAAAUGGGCUCUUUUAAAAGAUUGAAAUCUUCUGUUCUUCAAGGAAUUCAGAACCGGGAGGGGGCAGAAGUUUCCAAGGAAGAGCCAACAGGAGACCUAGGAAAGGCUGCUCCCAAUGGCACCAUUGCCACCCUGGGAAAGGGCCUAGGCAGGUGUACAUCCUUGGGCCCUGUAGGAGAUGGCGCUGGGUCCGACUGCUCAGACCCUGAGGACAUGGAGGACGCCUUCCAGAGGAGCACGCACCGUUCGCGCAGCAUCCGCAGGGCCUAUGGCCUGGGCCGCAUCAGCCUGCUGGACCUGGGCCGGCAGCCAGUGCCAGAGCCCGCUGUGUGUGAGAUCCAAGUGCGUGACCCAGAGCCCAGCAGGGUUGUGCCUCUGCCGCGCAGAAGUAAGAGCAUCGACAGCUUGAGCGUCCUGAAGAGCUCCUUCAAGCGCAAGUCUGCGUCCAACCUCACGGAACUGCAGGGUGACAGACAGGUUCCCCCCAGGACUCUGAGUGGCUUCUUCACAGACUCCGAGAAGCCCGGUGGCUCAGAGAGAAGAACCAGACGCUGGAGGAGCCCCAUCCGGGCCAAGGACUUCGACAGAGUCCUAAGACUGGUGAGCAACGUCAAAGAUGCGGCCUGGAAGAGGGAGGCCCCCAGGAGUGCAGCCCCUAGCCCUGGUCCUGGUCAGGGGGAUGCGAACCCACUACUUGGGCCACGGAGCAAGCUACAUGAUGACUACUCACGUCGUACCAGCAGCAGCGUGGAGCCAGAUUCCAGGCGUGGUGGCUCUUUGUCCUCACCCUGUGUCCCUUCACCAUGCACCACUGCGCCCUAUGCGGCUCCAGAACCCCACCUAGAUGUGGACACUGCAGUAUUUCCCCUGGAAACUAAAAGUGCCCAGCCACGGGGAAAUGAUGGACCUGGUGCCAGCAGUCCCUCACCAAUCCCCACAGACCCAGAAGGGUUGAGCCAAGCCUCCAGUGAGACACAUACUGCCGGUCAGCAUCCCUUUGACCCCGUGCAGCUUCCCACUCCUCUGAGGCCCACCACACCCAAGCCCCAAAGCCCUCAGAGCCCAGGGAGUACUAAAUGCCCCAGUAGUCUAAGUGUGCUGUCCCUCAGUUCAGCGGACAGUGAAGAACGGACCGAGGAUGCUGGGCACAGGCAGCCAGGACCUGUGUCCCUCCAGGAUACUGUCCUCACCACUGCUGGUGACGUGAGGGGAGAAAGUGGUGACAGCUAUCUUCCCUCGAAUCUCGACGGAGCCACCAAUCCAGAAGAGAGGAAGGAAGAGGUGGUGACUGAGGAUGACUGGCAGCAGGGCUCAGGCCUGGAGGAGGAGCAGAAUGAGGCACCUCGAAUCUCCAGGAGGAGGUGGGGCUCAGGGAGGCGCACCCGGCCACGACCACUGUCUGACUACGGCCAGCUGGCCAGCAGAAGCUUGUCCAUUCCUGAAGAUGCCAUUGCUGCAGACCCUCCAGAUGAAGACCACACGGACAGAAUGCACCCAGCAAGUGUGACCACCACCAGCCAGGAUCCAUGUGUCCCCUCAGGCUGUUCCAGGGGAGGCCGGAGAAGGCGACCUAUAUCUGUGAUUGGAGGGGUCAGCUUCUAUAACAACACCCAGGUAGAGGACGUGGAGAACCUCUUGGUCCAACCAGCAGCCAGGCCUCCCGUGCCUGCACACCAAGUUCCACCCUACAAGGCUGUGUCUGCCCGCCUCCGGCCCUUCACCUUCUCCCAGAGCACUCCCAUCGGGCUGGACCGCGUGGGGCGUCGACGGCAGAUGAAAACAUCCAAUGUCUCUUCAGAUGGAGGUGCGGAAUCUUCGGCCUUAGUGGAUGAUAAUGGUAGUGAGGAAGACUUCAGCUAUGAGGAGCUCUGCCAGGCCAACCCUCGAUACCUGCAGCCAGGCGGAGAACAGCUGGCCAUCAAUGAGCUCAUCAGCGAUGGCAGCGUGGUGUGUGCAGAAGCACUUUGGGACCAUGUGACCAUGGACGACCAGGAACUGGGCUUCAAGGCUGGGGAUGUCAUCCAGGUCCUGGAAGCCUCUAACAAGGACUGGUGGUGGGGCCGGAAUGAAGACAAAGAGGCCUGGUUCCCUGCAAGCUUUGUUAGGCUUCGAGUCAAUCAGGAGGAGCUACCGGAGAACUGCAGCAGCUCCCAUGGGGAGGAGCAGGACGAGGACACCAGCAAAGCUCGCCACAAGCACCCAGAGAGCCAGCAGCAGAUGCGGACCAAUGUCAUCCAGGAGAUCAUGAACACCGAGCGCGUGUAUAUCAAGCACCUCAAGGACAUCUGCGAGGGCUAUAUCCGACAGUGUCGUAAGCACACGGGAAUGUUCACUGUUGCGCAGCUAGCCACUAUUUUUGGAAACAUUGAAGACAUUUACAAAUUCCAAAGAAAGUUUCUGAAAGACCUUGAGAAACAGUACAACAAAGAGGAACCUCACUUGAGUGAAAUAGGAUCCUGCUUUCUUCAGCACCAAGAGGGCUUUGCCAUCUACUCUGAGUACUGCAACAACCACCCCGGCGCCUGUGUGGAGCUGUCCAACCUCAUGAAGCACAGCAAGUACCGGCACUUCUUCGAGGCCUGCCGCCUGCUCCAGCAGAUGAUCGACAUCGCCCUGGAUGGCUUCCUCCUCACGCCUGUGCAGAAGAUCUGCAAAUACCCACUGCAGCUGGCUGAGCUGCUCAAGUACACCACACAGGAGCACAGUGAUUACAAUAAUAUAAAGGCAGCCUAUGAAGCCAUGAAGAACGUGGCCUGCUUGAUCAAUGAACGCAAGCGGAAGCUGGAGAGCAUCGACAAGAUCGCCCGCUGGCAGGUGUCCAUCGUAGGCUGGGAGGGCCUGGACAUUCUAGACCGAAGCUCUGAGCUGAUUCAUUCUGGAGAGCUAACCAAAAUCACCAGGCAGGGCAAGAGCCAGCAGCGAAUCUUCUUCCUUUUCGACCACCAGCUGGUGUCCUGCAAGAAGGACCUGCUGCGCAGGGACAUGCUGUACUACAAGGGCCGCAUGGACAUGGAUGAGGUGGAGCUUGUGGAUGUGGAGGACGGGCGGGACAAAGACUGGAACCUCAGCAUGCGGAAUGCCUUCAAGCUGGUCAGCAAAGCCACCGAUGAGGUUCAUCUGUUCUGUGCUAGAAAGCAAGAAGACAAGGCCAGGUGGCUGCAGGCCUAUGCGGAUGAGAGGCGGCGGGUGCAGGAGGACCAGCAGAUGGGAAUGGAAAUCCCAGAAAAUCAGAAGAAACUCGCCAUGUUGAAUGCUCAGAAGGCAGGACAUGGGAAAUCUAAAGGCUACAACAGCUGCCCCGUGGCCCCGCCCCACCAGAGCCUGCCGCCUCUUCACCAGCGCCACGUCACCGUACCCACCAGCAUCCCGCAGCAGCAGGUCUUUGCCUUGGCUGAGCCCAAGAGGAAGCCAUCGAUAUUCUGGCACACCUUCCACAAACUCACCCCCUUCCGGAAAUGAGCCUUCCCCGGGGUGCGCCUCUGAGGUACUGCGGGGAGGAAGACCAGUUUUGUCUCUUCUGCAUGAUAUCCAGGGAUGGCUUCUUGCUCAGUGCUGAACACUUAGUUUGGGGAUCCAUGAAGGGGAGAAGAAGUUGGACUCAGCUUUUGACCUUGAGAGGCCCCAGCACCCUUGUGGAAGGAAGGAGGCCAUGAAGCCCACCGGAAGCCACACUCUCUGGUGGCCAUGAUAUAAGGGCCAGGGCCUUUCUGCAUGGAGACUGCUGACUCGGCUAACCCUGCGAGUUUCCCACUGAGGGUCACACUUCUGCUGCUUUCCAAACAGUAUCUGGAGCCUUUCAGUUCCUCAGGAGCAACUACAUUAAAGAUGGCUUCUGUGUUUCAUCUUGAGAAACAAAUUGACAGGGGUUGGUAGGUUAUUGGCAGACAUGGGAUGACCUGGGUCAGGUCAGGUCUGGGAGAGACCAUGAAGGAGCUAGAAUCAGUGGGGCCCGUGCCCACAGUGCUCCAAGGUGUAGCAGAUACCACGCCAGAGUGUAGAUCUCAUCCUGCAAGGUUCCUUAUUCACAGGAGAGUCAGGAGGCCCUGUUACCCCAGCAGUGCUCUGGAUGAUAGCAUCCUCGGAGCAGUGCUUCUCUCCAGACUGGAGGGCAGGUUGCCACCACCUGACUUGUCCCUCUCACUCUUCAAACAGAGGUCACACCCUGCUCACCCCUCACAGCCUAAGAACCUGCCAUUCACGGAAGUAAGGGUAAUGUGAAAUGUCUUUGAGAAUGUGACACUGUGCACCUGUACAUCUUCAUCAGCCAUUUGCAUCACUGAUAUGAUGAUGAAGACACCGCCAUCCACAGAGAAAACAAGGGGCAAAACUGUCCUGCUUCCUAGGGAAAUGGAAAUAAAUGCCUCUGACACAUGACCGAAACAGUACCUGACUGUGGCAGCUGGAGAAUGGUCUUGAUGACUCCUUAGCUCUGAGAGAGCUGUCUCUUAACGAGGGCCACCUGAGCUGACACCCACAGAGACACCCACAGUGUCUGUUGACAUUGUGUUUGUUACUUGAUGAAGAUGCCUUUUAACUCCAUCUAAGGGAGACUGGUUCUGCAUUUUAAUCUACACAGUGGGCUGACCGGUGCGUUCCUUUGGACAAGUGAGUUCUUGUGUGCUGUUCUUGCAAGGUUCUCACCUCUCAUCAGCUCUCACUUGAGAACAAACAAGUGUGCAGUAUCAGAGGUGAAGGUCCCUUAGCACAGUUCACACUGUCUCCAGGUCUGUGCCUGAAACAAGUGACGUCACAGCAAAUAACCUUGAUUCUGGGCCUGGGAUUAGCCUCAACCCUGCUGUGCACCCUGGCAUGGUCACUUACAGGUCACUUACUGCUGGGGACUAUAGUCAGUGGCCCCACAGCUGUGUCUGUGUGCUAUGAAGUGGCUCAAGUGCACAGAACAUGUGCUGUGUGUGUGUGUGUGUGUGUGUGUGUGUGUGUGUGUGUGUGAGAGAGAGAGAGAGAGGGAGAGAGAGAGAGGUGGGCAUCAGUUUCAGCUGCAUUUAUAUAACUGACAGGUUUGGUUGGUUGGUUUGUGUUUGGUUGGCUUUUUUAUUUGUUUUCUAAUAGAAUGUAACCAUAUAUUUUAGAAACCACACUUUGUGUACUUUUCUCUGCUCCAGUGUGUGUGUGCAGCAAUUCCCACAGUUGUGUUGUUAAUAUGAAAAUUGCUUUAAAGAAGUGAAUAGUUGUUGGUCCUGUGCACUUUCACUGAGGAUGCCAAUUGAGUCAGAGCCUCACUGCAGGCUCCAUUUGCUGUUACAGCUGACGACAGUGAAGAAGUAAUAUGUUAUGUUUGCGACCAGUCCAAAUAGAUUUCCCAGCUGCCCUAACUUCCGGUUCCCACCUACCUCCACAGACCUCCUAACAAUCCCGCACAUCAGGAUGUGUUUAUAUCAAAUCACAUUCAAGACCUGGGCUGGCCCUGGGUGAUUUUAGACAGCCUGAGAAGUGCUUGGUCAAAUAAAGUCUGUCCCAGGUGACUCGUACUUGGAAUUUCUGAGUGAUUUUGAAAACUAUGUGUUUUUAAAAGAUGUAAUAGCCUUUGACUUUGUAAAAAUCUCUAUGUCAGUAUGCAUUUUAUUACCAAAUACAGAAAGUGGGGGGAAGGCCUUUAAUAAUUCUCCAAACUUCCUUCUUGAUUUAAAGCAUGCGCUCUACUUCGGAAGCAAAUAGAAACAACAAGGAACCUCCUGCCCUAAUGGUGUCCGCACUCGGGAACAACAUUUCCCCCCUCUUCCUCAAUGGGCCAAAAAAUACUGGUGAUUUAAAAUUUUGAUGAAUGUCAUUUGUUCUAUUUUUAGCAUUCCAGAAUUUGCUGGCUCUGUUAACGAGUUGGAGAAGGCCUCCCUGGUUUAGAUUGUACCUAUAAUGUGUAGACGCCAUGUGGUAGGUGAAAAGCGAUCAUGACACUUGAAAGUCUAGAGAAAGAACAUUCCAGACUCUGUCCCCUAAAGUAAGAGAAUGGUGUGAAGCUGACAGGGGCUCAUAUGAGCCUUCGCUGCCCCCCUAGCUGUUGUCACCUAUUCGGAUCUUUCUUGCUGCGUGGUAGAUCACCUCUGCAGGUGAGCGCCCCCACCACUAUGGAAUGCCAUUUCUAACUACUGUGCCUUUUACUAUCCAAUCCACUGAAGACUGAUUCCACAUCCUAUGUUGCUGUUGUUACAUGCAAAGCAAAAAUUGUAUUUAAUUCGAAACCUGUUUCAAAGCGCAAGUCUUUUUUUUUUUUUUUUUUUAAAGCCCCAGUGCCCCAGCAUUGUGUGCAUGUGGAAAUCUGUAACUGGAUUGCUGAUGUUUCUCAGAGCAAGUCAAUCCUGUUUCCCAGCCAGAGAGAGAUUCCUGGAGCCAGGGCAUGACUUCUGCAUUGUGGCUUCAUCACAGUUAAUAGCAGAAACAUCCUCAGGCCAGUGCCAAGAAAUAGAAGUCAAUGCCUUUCAGCAGCUGGCAGGAUGCUGGGCACAGUGUGCCCACGGAUUGUUUCUUCUCAGGAUCCAGGGAAAGGGGCGUUUGGAAGAUUUAGGACAAAGUAAGUAGAAACUUCUAGCCAGUCUUAGAGAUGGGAAAGAAACAUCAGCUUAUAUAAUGUAUAUAAAUUUGCUCAGCCACCCCAGAAGCCCCAUUAUUGCCUUUACUGUUGUCCCAGACAUUGCCAAUUAUAUUUAGAAAGUACUUUGAGCCGCUUCUAUAAUUUAAUAAUUGGUCCCCCUUUUUGGGUACGUAUUGGUGCCCACUGUGCGUGACUUGCCGAUCUUGGCUGUGCUUUUGAUGAUACCUAAUCCAUGCUGCGGUGCUGUUGUCCGUGUACGUCAAGUGCUGCUGCUGAGCUGGUGAGCUGGCUUUGACCCUGAAACAGGACCUGUGUGCUAGAUGUGCAUUUUUGCUGAAUGAAGGGUUUGUUGUUUCUUUUUUUUUUUUUUAAACUGUUAUUUGAUUUCUUGUAAAUGCUGUGAAUCUCUUUUUGUCAUUUUGUAUCUGUAUAUUAAAAUUAAUUUGCCAAACUGG